CUAUGAAGGGCUUAUAUUGGCAGCAGACUUCAUCUGCAGAAGAAACAAAUUUUGUCUUCUUGGACAAGGAUAACCUUCCUGUUUUGAAAGACAACUAUGUAAAAGUGCAAGUUAAAGCCUGUGCUCUCAACCGGAUUGAUAAAAAGCUUUUAUUAGAAAUCAAGAUGCAGAAGGAAUUUCUACCUGUCGGGAGGGAAAUUGCUGGUGUUGUGUUGGAGAUUGGGAAAAAAGUGUCCUCCUUUCAGCCACAUGAUGAGGUAGUGGGAAUUUUGCCUCUGGAUUCUGAAGAAUCUGGUUUGUGUGAAGUUGUUGUUGUUCAUGAGCAUUAUUUAGUUCAUAAACCGGAAAAGGUCUCCUGGCUAGAAGCAGUGGGGACCAUACGUGAUGGUGUUCGUGCAUAUACAGCUCUGCACUACCUUUCCUACAUCUCUCCUGAAAAAACUGUGCUUGUAAUGGAUGGAGCAAGUCCAUUUGGCACAAUAGCUAUUCAGUUAACACAGCACAGAGGAGCCAAGGUCAUUUCUACUGUUUAUAGUCUUGAGGACAAACAGUAUCUUGAGAGGCUUACACCUUCUUUGGCUCGCAUUAUAGAUGAGUCAAAUGGAAAGUAUGACCUGACAGAAAGCUGUUUGGAGGAAACUGGUGGAUUGGGAUUGGAUAUUAUCCUUGAUGCAGGAGUGAGAUUAUACAGUAAGGAAAAUGAAACAACUUCACAACAAUUGCUACCACACAAACAUGAUAUCAUUACACUGCUGAGCAUUGGAGGCCAUUGGGUUACUACAGAAGAAAAUCUUCAAUUGGAUCCUCCAGAUAGUCGUUGCCUUUUCCUCAAAGGUGCUACAGUCUCUUUCCUGAAUGAAGAAGUAUGGAAUCUGUCAAGUAUGAAACAAGGAAAGUAUCUUUGCAUUCUGGAAGAUAUAAUGGAGAAGUUAUCGAGUGGUGUUUUUAGGCCUCGUUUGGAUGAACCAAUCCCAUUGUAUGAAGCUAAAGUUUCUAUGGAAAUGGUUCAGAAGAAUCAAGCAAGAAAAAGACAAGUUGUCCAGCUGUAAAACACAAAUUACUAGCUUCUAAGGCUGUGUGAGGUGUAACAUUAUGUGCUUUUGUAUAGUGUAUGUGUA